AUGGACUUCAUAAAAAAGAUAUCUGGUCAUGACAACGAUCCACACGCUCCUACAAAAAAUCAUAGCUCGAAAAAAUCAUCGGAAACGUCUGGAUCUUCGGGUAGCAAAGGCAGUAUUUUGAAUCGCAUGGGAGAUAAGUUUAAUACCGCUGCUGGAGGGGGUAGAGAGAGUGAAAAGAAUGAAGAUUAUCUGGACAAGGCUGUAGAUAUGGUUCAAGAGAAACUACUUGGUCAGGGAAAGCAGGAUAACGAAAGCGCGUUCGAACAGGCCAAAGACGAAAAGAUAUCGGAUUUUGUGAGGAAGGAGUUCAAGGGCCUCACUGGUAAAGAAAUACCUAUUAAGGACAAGAAGACAAAAUUUGGUUAA